AGCAGCUCGGCGUCACGCCCCGCCUUUCCAGGGCGGCACUACCUUGGCGGUUGGGAGAAGGGUCGCGGGUGCGGGGGAGGCCGGCUCGGGUCGAGGCUGCGGCGAGUUACACCGUUUCCGAUCUGUCAGCGUCGGCCGCCGCCCGAGACGGAGCCAGAAUGUUCAGGAUGCCGGGCAGCAGCUUUGAGGAUGAUCCUUUCUUCUCAAGCAGCCUGAGGCCCGCACCAGAUGCAGUUGUCCCAGAACUUGAUUCUUUUCUUGCACACCAAGAAAGUGUGAGACAGAUGAUGAGAAGUUUUUCUGAACCUUUUGGAGGAGACUUGCUCAGUAUCUCUGAUGGUCGAAGGAGACCUCAUAAUCAUACAAGACAUGAUAAUGGUGAAAAUUCCUUGACUGCAACAAGUUCUCUUGUGCCUUUUGGCAGUUUUGGUGGUAUGCAUACAGAUGUCAGCCCUUUUCAGGCAAUGGAUCGAAUGAUGUUAAAUAUGCGAAACAGUAUGCAGGAAUUACAAAGAAACUUUGGUCAACUUUCAAUGGAUCCAGAUGGACAUUCAUUUUGUUCCUCUUCAGUUAUGACUUAUUCCAAAGUAGGGGAUGAACCACCAAAGGUUUUUCAGGCCUCAACUCAAACCCGUAGGGCUCCAGGAGGAAUAAAGGAAACCAGGAGAGCAAUGAGAGAUUCUGACAGUGGAGUAGAAAAAAUGGCUGUUGGUCACCAUAUCCGUGACCGAGCUCAUGUCAUUAAAAAGUCAAAGAACAAGAAAACUGGAGAUGAAGAGGUUGAUCAAGAGUUCAUAAAUAUGAAUGAAAGUGAUGCACAUGCUUUUGAUGAUGAGUGGCAAAAUGAGGUUUUGAAGUACAAACCAGGGGGACGAUGGCGGAAUCUAGAAAACAAUAGAAUGAGAAGUGUUGGUCAUGAGAAUUCAGGAUCCCGGGAACUUAAAAGAAGGGAGAAAUCUCACCAAAGUCCAGCUAUUGAAAGUGGAAGAAAAUCAAACAUUUUUGUGGACAAACUCAACGUCAAAGGAUCACCUGUGAAAAUCAACAAAAAAUAAAUAGCCAUGCAUUUGAUUUGUUUGGUGUGGGUUGUUUUAACAGAGAAAGUAAUGGUGCUGGGUAAUACACGUAAGACCAAUCUCUUGUUGUUAAAUCAAUACUGUACUUUGUAACUUUCUUCUGAUAUCUGAAUGUUCUCGGAAGUGCUAACUUUAUAUUGUUCCUAAUUUAAGAAUAAAACUGAUUUUCACCAA